UCCUCGCGCUCACUCAUUUCUGUGAGCGCCGAGACCCCGCGCAGACACGGAGCGAGCUCGUGCUUGUUGAGCCUUCGGUCAAAGUGCCAAACAGCCGCGCGUCAUUACGCACGAGAAACAAUGAGUGAAACAACCAUGGAGGUGAACACCGAGGCCAGGCGCAUCCUGGCCGUGUCGAUAAGCAAGCUGUACUCGGCCAGAACCCAGAGAGGCGGGCUGAGGCUCCACCGGAGCCUGCUCAUCUCCAUGAUCAUGCGCUCCGCCCGGGACAUCUACCACUCCGCGCGGGAGAGCGAGGGGCCCAGCGGGGCGCAGCCGACGCCGGAGGAGCCGAUGGACGCCGGCGCGGAGGAACCGGCGCCUCCCGGACCUCAGCCGGAGCCCCAGCCGGCGCCGAACUCGUCCGAGCCGUUCGCCGACGAGCCGGACGCAACGGAGGACGAGGGCGAUUGUGAAAUCACGGAGGACAAAGAGAACUUGAGCCCCGCGAGGCAGUCCAGGAAGCGGCGCGGGAAGGCGUCGGCGGCGCCCGAUUUCCUCCCCAGCAAGAGGGCGAGGCUGGAGCCCGGGGAGGAGCGCCACGCGGCCCCGCCGGGCAGCUGUCGCGUCGUGCCCUGGGAGUCUCUGGUCGCUUUGUCUCUGAAUCGGGUCAUUCCUGCCUUCUGAACAGACGGAGGAGAAAAUGGCCUCCGACGAGACUUUGGGAGGAGAGAUUCUCGACUACAAGCGGGUUGAUCCCCUGCGCGGACCCAGUGUCAGCGCGGGACACGGGGAUCACACGGGCCGCGGGGCGACCUCUCCGGUCGAACCGGGGGCGCCUGCCCGGGAAAAGCCCCGCCGAGGAGGAGGAGAAGCGGGUCAGAGAGCGACGGCCCGGAAAGUUUGAGGAAGCGGAACUGGUGGAGUCGCUUCUGGUUUCCCGGUGACGCACCUUCGGUAGAAUGAGUCCGAACAAGUGACUGCUGCUGACUCAAAGCGUGUGGAUGCGUGAAUCAGCAUCGUGAGCGACGUGAGUCAGUCAGAAUGAAGUGGUGAACCGCAAACAGAUGCGCACUACGACUUCAGGGAACGCACUGCCUUCGCAGCGGGAGGUCGGACUCUGAGCGGCGCCUCCGCUGCUUCUCACGGUGCUAAAAACGGAGGUGACCUGUGUAGAACAAACAUUACCUCACUGUCCAAGCUGCUUUUGUAUUUGUAUGAUCAAAUGUGUGAUGUAAAUAUUUGUAAUAAACAGUGAUAACGUG